GUCCAUUCUCGGCAAAAUGUUGAAACGUGCAAAGGGCUCUGGGCGCAAAAUCUGUUUCUCCCUCGUUCACCAGUAUAUUCAACAUUUCAAUGAGAAAGCUGGCAACAAAUCAGCUGCAAUCCGGAGAAGAUCUAAAAUUCCCGGUGUGGUCAUCACACAAUAUACUGUGAGCAUACCAGAGGGGAAAAGCUACCCAGAUUUUAAGCGUAAACUAAACCCAGUACAUGUCCAAGAAGGGAACUCAGCUGUUUUCAAGGCUUUGGUGAUAGGAGAGCCCAAACCUGAAGUGACGUGGAAGAGAGGAAGAGGCAGCAUUUUAGACAAGGAGAAAUCUCAAACUAAAUAUGAUGAAUCAACAGGGGAGUACAUAUUGGAGAUUCAUGAUGUCAUGGGUGACGAUGCAGACACAUACAAAUGCAUUGCAGUGAAUGAAUAUGGAAAAGCUCUUUGCUCAGCAGUUCUACAUGUAACAGAUAUGUUGACCGACCCAUCAGAUUUCAGAAAACUGCUGAGAAAAACAAACAUAAAUAUUUUAGAUGAAAAGCAGACAGAGAAAACCAAAGAAAGAGACGAGCGAUACAGCGACACUCUGCAGAGAGACUAUAAGGGACUCGAGACAAAAGACAUGCACUUGAUGCACAUGAAGAUGGAGGAGAAGAGGCAGCAAGAGCUGAAAUGUCAGAAUGGACUGGGUGGACCAAUGGACCAAUGGACCAAUGAAGACUCCGAAAAGAAAAACGGACUUGUAAGUGGCGGUGGAUGUCUAAAGGAUUCUGAAAACUUCACAAUUCCCCAACUGGACUUUGUUGUCAAACUUCAAGAAGCAGUAACAGAAGAAAAAGACACUGCGUUGUUUGAAUGUGUCCUGACCCACCCGCAGCCUAAAAUCACAUGGAUGAGCAAAGGCAAUGUGCUGGAAGAUGGUGAAAAAUAUCAGAUCAGUGUGUCGGACCAUCAAAUGAUCCACAGGUUGCUGAUCCAAGACUGCUCAGACCAAGACAAGGGGGUCUACUCGGCCGUGGUUGGAACUGCCUCAUGCGAUGCUGCAUUAGAUGUGGAAGCUGACCUUGAGGCAGCGGGCAAGAAGAAAACUGGAGGAGCAGGGAUGGACCUGGAGGAAGUGGUGAAACAGCAGCAAAUCAAAAACCAAAAAGAGACGGAGAGGAUUUUGGAAGCUGUCAAAGCAAAACAUGACGCAGAGGAACUGACACGGAUGAAGACAGAGGAACUGACACGGAGGAAGACAGACACCUUCAGAAAAGAUGGAGAAAUCAUUUCCCUGAAUGGGUCCGUCAAAUACAGCGGGGAUGACGUCAAUCACAGUGAGAAUGACGUCAAAUUCAGCGGGAGUGAUGUGCAUGAUGCGAACGAUAGUAACAUUCUCAAGUCAACGCUAGUUGCACUCUCACCAUCUAAACAGCAGGUUAAGGUUAAUGAUGGUUUUGGAACAGCAAAAUCAGAGGUGAAAGUAGAUGCAGGAAACAAGCUGGAAGAAGAAAAAGAGCAAGUACCCAAAACAAUCCUGACUGCUUCAAGUGCAACUGAUUAUCUGUUGUUAUUUUUCCGUGCAGAAUCCGCCGACACAUGUGAUGAGGAGUUAAAAGAAAUUGAUGAGUUAAAUGAAAUUGAAACGAAGGGCACACCAAAAAAGAAGAAAUAUGAAAGUUUAUUGAAUGAAGACAGCGAGGCUGAAGAAGUGAUUGGCCUUGCCACACAACCGAGGCGUAAACGAAUUGGCCCACUGAUAGAAGACGCGGUCAUUGAUCCAGGGGUUCAGUUUAUUUGGGGAUUUGCAGACAUCAACGCCAUCAUCGGCGAGACUGCGGAGCUAACUUGUAAACUUAGCAAGGAAGACUGCGAGGGAGUCUGGUUCAGAGAUGGUGAAAAGAUCAUCACUGAUGACACAUUUAUAAUAUCUAAAGAUGGUGCAAUUCAUAAGUUGCUCAUAGUGAAAUGCCAGGAGGAGCACUCUGGGAAAUAUCGUUUUGAGGCGGACAAUCGUAAGACGGAGGCGGUGGUCAACGUUAAAGAUCCACCCAGGUUUGGCCCAGAAGACCUCAGUGCGUUCACAGAGCCCUUGAGAAUUAAAGUAGGGCAUAAUGCAGUCUUUAAACUAAAUUUUCUCGGCUUCGAGCCCAUUAAAAUCAAAUGGUACAGAGAGGGAGAGGAGCUCCAUGAUGACGCCAGCAGCACCAGAAUAGACAACUCAACCAAUUGCAGCCGCCUGCUACUGAGCAGAUGCCAGAGGAGGGACUCAGGAGAGAUCAAGAUCAAGCUCAAAAAUGAGCAUGGCACCACCGAGGCAAUAACACAGCUCAUUGUGCUCGACAAACCCACGACCCCGCUAGGUCCUGCAGAGAUGACGCUUAGCUCAGCUACAUGCAUUGAAUUCAAGUGGAGGCCUCCAAAAGAUGACGGCGGAUCGCCUGUGAUAAAUUACAUCAUGGAGCGACAGCAGAUUGGGAGAAACACUUGGAAGAAAGUGGGAGAGAUUCCGGGCGUGCCUUUCUACCGCGACACAAACGUGGACCGUGGACGCAAGUACUGCUACAGAAUCCGAGCUUUGACCUCAGAGGGGGUGAGCGAAGUGUUGGAGACCGAAGACCUGCAAGCUGGCAUACUGGCUUUCCCUAGUGCCCCUGCACCUCCAAAGGUGGUCAGUGCCUUUGAUGACUGCAUCAACCUUUCUUGGACGGCACCAAGUGAUACAGGAGGCUCGCAAAUUCUCGGCUACAUUGUGGAAAAACGCAAAAAAGGAAGCAAUCUUUGGAAUGGGGUCAAUGCUUCAAUUGAGCCAAUAAAAGAGAAGAAAUGUGCAGUGAAGGAUGUUGUCGCUGGUUUGGAAUAUGAAUUCAGAGUUUCGGCUGUGAACCUUUCGGGACCUGGGGAAUUUAGCAUCCCGUGCGACUUUGUUUUUGCACGGGAUCCCAAAAAGCCCCCUGGAAAAGUUAUUGGCUUAAAAGUGACAGAAAAAUCUUACAACCACUUUGUCUUGACCUGGACCAAACCGAAGGACAAACCCGACAUAGAGGACGAAGCUAAAGGAUAUUUUGUCGAGACAAGGAAUGCGCAGUGCCUGGAAUGGUCACGAAACUUCACCAUCACCACCACCUACACUGUAAAAGGCCUGAGGGCAAUGGAUAUGUACUGGGUCAGAGUCAUUGCGACCAAUGACGGAGGAGAGGGACAAAUUGAGGAUCUGCCCAACUAUGUCCUCGCGAUGCCGCCUCUUGUGAGACCAAAGUUCACAAAUAAAAAGAUGAAAACAUUCGUUGUGGUGAGGGCAGGAAACACAGUCAGGGUGACCAUCAACUUUGAGGCUUCGCCACCACCGGACAUCACGUGGCUCAAGGACAACGGGCCUGUGCCAAAGCGAGUCACAGUGAGUAACUCGGAUGGCGCUUCACAGAUGUUGAUCCCGUUGUCAGAACGCUCCGAUACGGGCAUCUACUCCAUUUUGGUGAAAAACUUGGCAGGACAGGAGACCUUCAGUACAGAAGUUAGGGUGACAGAUGAUCCUAAGCCUCCAGGACCGGUGGAAAUAGAGGAAAAUGUGCCUGGUACGGUACAAGUGACUUGGCAACCUUCUCCUGAUGAGAAGCUUGAUGACCGGCUGCAUUACACCAUUUCCAAACUGGACUCCACCAAACACACUUGGACCACAGUGGCCGACAGACUUUUCAAUAACAAGUUCACUGUAUGCAAUAUCAUACCCGGAAGGGAAUACCAUUUUCGGGUCUAUGCCAAGAACGACAUGGGUGUGUCGGCGCCUUCUGAGUCACUCACCUGGGCCGUGGGGAGAAAGAAAGAAAAGCUUUCGCUGAUCUUACCAAACAGAGAAGAACGCGACCUGCGAUGCGCUCCGGACUUCACCGUAUCACUGAAGCUGCAUGCGGCACCAAAAGGUUACGAAUGCCAUAUGAGCUGCGCUGUGACGGGAAACCCCAAACCUCGAAUUACGUGGUACCUAAAUCACGUCAGCCUCAACACAAACACCAAUUAUUACAUCUCGAAUACCUGUGGAGUUUGUUCCAUGUUGAUCCUAAACGUCGGUCCUAAAGAUGUGGGGAAGUACACUGUCACAGCGGAGAACGCCCUGGGCCGAUCUGAAUGUUCCACCAUGCUCAGUGUCCGAGAGUGAAGAAUCUGGUGACAACAACCGGGAUUGUUAGGGCUUUUUUUGCCUGGACAUUAUCUAUGAGUUGCAUGAUAUAAUUUGUUGGUUUGUUACAAAAACUGAAAUAAAUGGUUUUCUUUAUUGAGAUUUUAUGUAGUGAUCUUGUGGCCACUGUACCUUUAUGCCCUUGUUUUCAUUAGAAGAGAAUGUGAGAAUUUUUUAU